AUGUCCUCGGAGGGACUCAUCGCCUCGACGCGACUCAACAACGUCCGAAGGCUGUCACUUUCUUGUUAUCCCUAUCAUUUCGCGGACUUGCUCGAUCUCUGCCCUCAAAUACAAGACCUGGAGUUCCAUCUCGAAGUUCCUCCUCGGGACCCUGCUUUGAGUAUGUCCAAUCCCGUCCCAGACCCGUGGCCGACUUCCAUCAAACAGCAGCUACGACGCUUAUGCUUCAGCGCCGCUGUUUUCCAUGGUUGGAACUUGCUCUGUGAAGAGGGAAAGAACUUAUUCCCUCCUCUGGCAGAGUUUCGGAAAUUGGAGAUUCUAGAGAUUGACCGAGUAGCGCUCCAAGUCGGUUUGAAGACGGCACGGGGCCUGGAUCUGAACAGGCCAGAGGAGUUCUCCCGGCAGUUGCCCGACUUCUUGCCCCCAUCGAUUCGCAUCCUUCACUUCUCCUUUGGGAUGGAUUGGUUCAAAUUGUCUUGGGCAACUGUGGUGGUCGAGCUAGAAGCACUGGCCGCGGCGAAGAGGUCGUCGUCCCUCCCGAUGCUUUCCAUCGUUCAGAUCGACGAUCGCAAACGGCAUAGGCAGGACAAAACAUUGGCGCAGGCCAUGGAAAUUCUCGGCGUAGUCAGGGCCAUGAAAGAUGCCGGAAUCGAGUUGAGGUUUGGGUGGGACCCAGAAACCUUAGGUUCUUCGUCCCGGGGGAAGGGUAUGCGACCACCCCUUCCCGGGAACCUGAAUGGACCCUAUGGAGAUGUUCUACGAUCGUCUCAUGUGGAGAACUUCUUCCUUGAGGAUUAG